GUCCGUCCGGCGCGAGGGCAGGCAGCGGGGCGGAGGUGCCAGCCUGGCACCGUCUGCCCACCCCUGGCUCACCAAAAUGGCAAACCUCACCCAAGCCAAUAACAGCCUGGGCGGCCAGGCCACACACAUGGGGACAUCGACCCCAAACCGCUACGAGACUGUGGAGAUGGUCUUUAUCGCCACGGUGACAGGCUCGCUGAGCCUGGUGACCGUGGUGGGCAACAUCCUGGUGAUGCUGUCCAUCAAGGUCAACAGGCAGCUGCAGACCGUCAACAACUACUUCCUCUUCAGCCUAGCCUGCGCCGACCUCAUCAUCGGCGCCUUCUCCAUGAAUCUCUACACCGUAUACAUCAUCAAGGGCUACUGGCCCCUGGGUGCCGUGGUCUGCGACCUGUGGCUGGCCCUGGACUACGUGGUGAGCAACGCCUCCGUCAUGAACCUUCUCAUCAUCAGCUUUGACCGCUACUUCUGCGUCACCAAACCCCUCACCUACCCGGCCCGGCGCACCACCAAGAUGGCAGGUCUCAUGAUCGCUGCAGCCUGGGUCCUGUCCUUCGUGCUCUGGGCGCCCGCCAUCCUGUUCUGGCAGUUUGUGGUGGGUAAGAGGACGGUGCCGGACACCCAGUGCUUCAUCCAGUUCCUGUCCAACCCGGCAGUGACCUUCGGCACGGCCAUCGCCGCCUUCUACCUGCCUGUAGUUAUCAUGACUGUACUGUACAUUCACAUCUCGCUGGCCAGCCGCAGCCGGGUCCACAAGCACCGGCCCGAAGGCCUCAAAGAGAAGAAGACGAAGCCUUUGGCCUUCCUCAAGAGCCCCCUGAUGAAGCAGAGCAUCAAGAAGCCUCCACCAGGAGAAGCGGCCCGGGAAGAGAUGCGCAACGGGAAACUGGAGGAGGCGCCACCGCCCGCACUGCCACCCCCGCCACGUCCCGUGGCCGACAAGGACACGUCCAACGAGUCCAGCUCGGGCAGUGCCACCCAGAACACCAAGGAACGACCCCUCACGGAGCUGUCCACCACGGAGGCCACCACCCCCGCCACCCCCGCUCCCCCACUCCAGCCUCGGGCCCUCCACCCGGCCUCCAAAUGGUCCAAGAUCCAGAUCGUGACGAAGCAGACGGGCAACGAGUGCGUGACGGCCAUUGAGAUCGUGCCGGCCACACCCGCCGGCAUGCGCCCGGCGGCCAACGUGGCCCGCAAGUUUGCCAGCAUUGCCCGCAACCAGGUGCGUAAGAAGCGGCAGAUGGCGGCUCGGGAGCGCAAGGUGACGAGGACCAUCUUCGCCAUCCUGCUGGCUUUCAUCCUCACCUGGACGCCCUACAACGUCAUGGUCCUGGUGAACACCUUCUGCCAGAGCUGCAUCCCCGAAACAGUGUGGUCCAUCGGCUACUGGCUGUGCUAUGUCAAUAGCACCAUCAACCCCGCCUGCUACGCUCUCUGCAACGCCACCUUCAAAAAGACUUUCCGGCACCUGCUGCUGUGCCAGUAUCGCAACAUUGGCACCGCCAGGUAGGCGCUGGGCUGCCUGAGGACCACACGGGAGAGACUUGUGGGGCCAGCGCCCCAAGCUUGAGUUCGAUGAAGAGAACUGAAGUCCCUGGGGGAGUCCCCGGAGGCUCAGGCUGAAGUGGAGUUGGGCCCCAAGAAAGGUCGGGACACUGGGCCAUCCUUGCUGGCCUGCCCUAGGGAAGGGGGCCCCCGUGGGAGGGGUGUCACCGGCCUGUGUGGGCAUCUGCAGGAGAACAUCUGGAAGGGCCUGGAUGCCCUGGGAUCUGCACCCCAACUAGGAAUAACCAGUGGGGGCAGAACUGGAAAAGGAGGCUCAGGAUGGGAGUGGAAGGCUUAGGGUUCCCCAUUAUGCUAUCACCGGUGCUUUCAGUCCUCCCCUGCACCCUGCAUGUUGUAGGCUGACCCUCCUCCCAUAUCCAACUCCAGGGCAGACACCCAAUUCGCUGCAGCUACACAGGCUCUGGUUUGGGGGAGCAGGCAAGUAGAAAACUGGGAAACUGAGGCUGCCCCAACCCCAGCACUGGCCAGGUCAGAGUCAUUCCCCUCACCCACUGGAGGGCAGGUUCCGGAUCCUGGCUGGCAGUGGGUAUUUAUUGCUCUUGUGUGCCUAAGUCUGAGAGCAGAGCUGGCUGAGGCGGAGUCACCGGGGAGAGAACGUGGCCUGACUCACGGGAACUGGGGAGACAGGUAACCCCUUUGUCUCCUCGCCUGUGAACAGAAGCUGUGAUCUGAUUGGCAGUGAGCUGGACUCAAGACCUUUGGCCAGGCGAGGCUCAGGAGGAGUUGCCCCACUCUUUCUGCUGCUCCCUCCACUCCCAGGUGGGUGGCCUCUGAAGAAGGGACCAGAAAGGCUUAGUAGGGACCUGAUUGGGGUGUGUGUGUGAGAGUGUGCUUUCAGGGAUCAGUCAGUCGGGGCACCUGAGAAGAAAUCUCCCAUCAGUGAGCUCCAGGGAACACUCAGCGGCAAGGUCCCACCCCUGAAAGUCCUCCUCCCACCGCCCACUCCCAACAAAUCAUCACAGCAAAUUCCCUGGGAAGGGGCUUUUAUAUAUUAAAAGAAGAGCUUUUAUUGGGAAAAA